UCUCGUCUCGCGUCCUGCUGCCUCCAUCCGCUGUCACUUUUACACAUGGCAGAGCUGUAUCCGUCCAUUGCGCAGUGCGCCCUUGUGGCCACGGCGCUCAAGGUUUUGCUCUUUCCCGCAUACAAGUCAACCGACUUCGAGGUCCAUCGCAACUGGCUGGCCCUCACGCACUCCUUGCCCAUCAAGGAGUGGUACUAUGAAAAAACCUCGGAAUGGACUCUUGAUUACCCCCCUUUCUUUGCUUACUUUGAGUGGCUCAUGUCCCAGGUAGCGCCCUAUGCUGACCCCGGCCUGCUCAAUGUCAAAUAUUUGCGAUACGACACCUGGCAGACAGUCUAUUUCCAGCGCACUUCCGUCAUAGUCACAGAGCUUGUCUUGGUUUAUGCCUUGCAUCUCUACGUGAAGACGUCCAAGUCCAAAGUCACUGCCCACGCUGCUGCACUCUCCGUCUUGCUGUCCCCGGGGCUCCUGAUCAUCGACCACAUUCACUUCCAGUACAAUGGCUUCCUCUACGGCAUCCUCGUGCUGUCCAUGGUCUUGGCACGCAACAACUCGACUCUCCUGCUGUCCGGCCUGCUCUUUGCUGCCCUCUUGUGCCUCAAGCACAUCUACUUGUAUCUCGCCCCCGCGUAUUUUGUCUAUCUACUGCGCGCCUACUGCUUGAAGCAGCGCUCGUCGUUUCCCUACUUGACCAUUCAAUUCUUCAACUGUGUCAAGCUGGGCGUUGGCAUUAUUACCAUAUUCGCAGCUGCCUUUGGUCCUUUCGCGCUUUGGGGCCAGCUGGAGCAGGUGUUCCGUCGCCUGUUUCCCUUCUCGCGGGGGCUCUGCCAUGCUUACUGGGCACCCAACGUUUGGGCAAUGUAUUCGUUUGUGGACCGAGUCCUGAUAUACUUGGCUCCCCGUCUUGGACUGCAUGUGGACCAAGAGGCAGUGAACAGCGUCACACGGGGUCUCGUGGGGGACACAUCUUUUGCCGUGCUUCCAGACAUAGUCCCAUUGACCUGCUUCUUGCUUACGCUCGGCGCACAGAUACCUGUCCUUCUCCGUCUCCUCUACAAGCCCACCUGGGAAGCUUUUGUCGGUGCUGUGACGCUCUGCGGUUACGCAUCCUUCCUCUUUGGCUGGCACGUCCACGAAAAAGCAAUCCUGCUUGUGAUCAUUCCCUUCAGUUUGAUAGCUCUCCAGGAUCGCCGGUAUUUCGGGGCUUUUCGCCCUCUGGCCGUCUCCGGCCAUGUCUCGCUGUUUCCUCUCCUUUACACUGCGGCUGAAUUUCCCGUCAAGACGGUUUAUACCAUCUUCUGGCUUGUUUUGUUCCUAAUUUCUUUUGACAGGCUAGCCCCGGCAUCACCCAAACCCCGAAUAUUUCUGCUGGAUCGCUUCUCUCUCCUUUACAUAACACUUUCAAUACCCCUCAUUGCGUAUUGUUCGCUGGUUCUCUUCAAGCGCAAACCCGUCAAACUCGAGCCGCGACCCAAAAAUCUCGACGAGAAUUCCGAGGUGUGGUACAUUGAGCAGACUGGAGAGGUCUUUGUCGACUAUGAGCGAUACCUUGAGCGGCAGGACUUCUACCAACAGGCAAGUGAGCCACAGAUCGAAGUGCGGGGCCGCAACUUUACGUGUCAAGCGACCGGCCAUUCAGGCUACACGUAUUUCGAGGCCCAAGAGAGCGAGGUAGGCUCCACGUCAAUACUCGUCAAGGCCGACGAGGAGGUAACAUCCGUGCAGACGGAAGCUUCCAAAGAGAUCAACACCAUCUUUCCUGACGGCUUGAAAUCUCCUGUUCUUCACUAUGUCCAGUUCCAGGACCAUCAUCGCAUGGACGACCUAGUCAAUGACGUAUACGAUCACUUUAAGGAGCAUUUCAUGUUACAUGACCGUGUGUCUGUCGAAGGCGACCAUGCACGCCGCUUCGGUCAAAUCACACAGAUUACAGACAACAGCCGGAUACACAGCAUGUUCACUGGCCAGUCAAUGGACGAUAGUAUCCGAACGUAUACUUAUGUCAUCACCAUGGACGAUACCGGCGAAACCAUUACCAAAUACAAGGCAUCAGAGCUUCAGCGAGACAAGAAGACAUAUUCUAAACUCAUCCUAAAGGCGUUUCUCCGGAAUGCACUGAAGCGAGAGGAUUGGAUUGGCGCCCCAUGGAUGGUCAAGGAUAGUUUCGCUAAGCGCUACGACAUCCCAACGAAGAUGCCUGAUGGCAAGACAAGGGAUGCUCUGUUGGCUGCCAAGAAGGCCUCCCAAGGCAUUCCCAACGGUGUCAGCCAGCCAAUCCAACAGCCAUACCCACCGCAUGUUACAAACGGCCACAGCCCGCAUCUGAACGGCUCACGGCCACCUCCGCCUCCUGGACAGGGCCAGCCAACUUUCGUCAACUUCUCCGCAAACGGCCCUCCGUACUCCCAGCAAGGCGUAACUCAUCCAUUUGUCGCUGUCAAUGGCCCGCCGCAGUAUCUGGUCGAUGCGCCACCAUUUCACAAUACCGGCUUGCCACCAUUCCACAACAGCGGACCGCCGCCUCUGCAAAACUAUGCUCCACCUCACGUGCUGCCCACCCUCCAACCACCUCUUGCUACGCAGCUGAUGCAAAUGCCUCCACCUGGAAAUGGCCCACCGGCUACCUUUCCAUUCACAACUAGCUUUACUCAUCAGCCACCAUCCAGACCUGCGACCCUUCCACAACCGCAACAAGCACCCCCACCGGCACGCCCCGUGGAAUACGUCAAGUAUCCAUGCGAAGACCUGGAGAUCAAAACGCCCCGCCUUCAAGUAAAUCGGCCUCCUCUCAAGUUCCUGUCGGACGAUGUUCCUGAAGGAGUCGAGCCUCCUGCAGAUGAAAAGAAGACGGGUAUUCUGAUGAAGAGCAUUGGCCCACUACUCUGCAUCUGGGAGACGCUCAAUGUUCACGACACUGUGUAUAUGCUCGACUCUUUCACGUUUGAUGAUUUCGUGGAUGCCAUGCGCUUCACGCACAAGACGGUCGACUGCGAACUGUUCGUGGAGAUGCAUUGUGCCAUUCUGAAGCAGAUUAUCGGCGAAUCCGGAAAAAUCCAAAGCUCCCUGCCACACAUGGAUGAUGAAGAGUCAUCGGACGAGGACUCAAGCAGCGAAGCAACGCCAACUCCCGAGCCUGAGCCACCAGUCAGGACAACCCGAGCCAGCUUGAGGAAGUCGGGUGUCGCACAGCUCGCUGCGAAAGCACGCACACCUACACCUGAACCACCAAAGGAAAUCCAUAAGGCUGCUGAAUUUGUCGCCGAAUACGAUUGGGUUGAGCAAUGCAAGGUGCGAAACUUCACUGAAGGCGGAUGGCAGGCUAUUGUCGUCGCAUUACUCUAUCGCCUCUCCUUUGACCCAACCCGCAAGGACGCUUGUGAUGAGAUUCUCGCGCAACUCGUCCCGCCCGAGGAAGAAUCCACCGCCGCAACCAUCGCCGAACACUACAAGAGCCUUGAUGUCAAUCUCCGCAUCUCGGCACUCGACAUGCUGCUGGGUCUGACUGUUAAUACCGAGAACUUCCGCGAGCAGCUUACUGCCGCCGCCCAGGAGAUGACUCGCCUGCGCAAGGAGAAGAUUGAGUUUCAGCGCAAAAGAAAAGAGCUGGCUGACGAUCUAUGCAAGCUGGACUUGGAGCGAAAGAUUCAGUUACCUGAAAACACUCCAGCGUCACCUAGUAAUGGCAAGGCGAACGAGGAGGCUGACGUAUCCAUGGCCAGUGUCAACGAGGAUUCCAUGGAUGUGCCUGCGGCUGAUGCCAAUGACCAAGACGAUGCUGCCACUUCUAAGACCAGGACCCGCCCAUCAAACAAGAACAAGCGCAAAGCUGCUGCUGAAGAUGCGCGGAAAGAGAAGGUCAAGAAGGCCAAGGCUGAGGCUGAGAGGAACAAGAAGCAAAAGGAAUGGGAAAAGCUCCUCGCAUCCAUUGAGAAGAAGAAGGAUGAGCUUAGGGAUUGCGAAGCCAACAUCAACGAACUUGACGAUGAUCUGCGCGAGACUCUGGUGCACCGCAGCAAGAUUCUUGGUAAAGACCGGUUCCUGAACAAGUACUAUUGGUUUGAGCACAACGGGAUGCCAUUCGGCGGCGUUCCUAACAGUUCGACUGCCGAGUACGGAUACGCAAACGGGCGCAUCUGGGUACAGGGUCCUAGUGAAUACGAACUCGGCCCAAACCUGGAGGAGCCUGCCCUUUCUCAAGACAUGCAGCGUUUCGGCUACACGGUUCCGCAGCGCAAGGAGCGAGAGGAAGGCUCAACGCAUCUCUCGACGUCUACCGAGUGGGGAUACUACGAUGACCCCGACGACAUUGACAAGCUGCUGGCCUGGCUUGAUGAGCGUGGAUUACGGGAGCGCACACUGCGUAAGGAGCUGCAAGCCUUCCGUGAUCGUAUUGCAGAAUACAUGGUCAAGAUGCGCAAACAUCUGGAAGAAUCCAACAAGCCUCAAGAGGAAGAGGAGGAUGAAGAGGACCACAACCGAUCCCGAGUGUCGACGCGGAAUAAGACGCACGCUGACGAGGCGCCCAAGGACCGCUGUCUCCGCUGGACCAACAGUAUCAUGCGUGAUGACUACGGUCACAACCAUUUUGAGGAAUAUGAACCGCCCAAAAAAGGAAAGGCAAAGCCUACAAAGGCGAACAAGAGCAAGAGUCGAGGACGCUAGCCUAGUCUCUCGAUGUACGCAGCCCACGAAACAGAUCAAGGCCAUGGUCACUGUACAGAAACAUGCUCGCAAGGCGUUCGUCACUACAACAAGCGGUUGAGAAAACUUGCGUGUCUUUACGAAUGACGAAACAGCAUAUUUAGGCGAUUUACGGAGCUUUGAUACCAAGCGCAAUGGCGCUCAGAGUACAUCACUUGCAUUACAAGGCGUUUGGCAGGACAUGGCAUCGCGCUGGCGUUGCUAGUUAGCGGGUUUAAUACUGAAGUCACUAGGCAUAUUGUGCAUGGGGCGGGUCUCUCAAAACUGUACAUAGUGUCUUCAAGACGCAGCACCAUGCGCAGGUGUAUGGUGUUGAGCAUUUGCCAUGAGUGACCGGCCAGUGUAUUUUACAACAAUAUCAUGGGCUU